UAUAAACCCACCCCAACCGCAUGCCUACAAAUACCCUUAACACCAGCAGUCUGCAGAGAAGUCAGAAGCCAACAACCCAGAGGAACUAAAUCAUUUGCACCAACUAUCUUCACAGAACAGAUAAGUCUUAAGAUGCUUUACUCAAGGUGUGUGUUAGCUGUCCUGGGACUUUACCUGAUGUUGAGAGACUUGUCUGCCUUCCUGCUGCCUGAUAUGCGGAGACAGAAACGGGACGUCAAUUGGCUGGACCAAGAGUUCUUCCCACACCUGUCUGAGGUCUCUGACCUCGCCAACCUUUCGCCACCCGGAGACGCCGGUGAGAUGACUCGGGAUUGGGAAGAACGUAGUUUCCAGUCUGCCACCUUCCUCGCCCCUCUGGAACGCAUAUCCACCUCCGGGGAACGCAUCCCCACCACUGUGGAACGCAUCUCUGUCCAUCAUCACAACCACCACCGUCGCAAACCCAAGGACAAGAGGAGGAAGGCAACAAUUCCCCUGGAUUCUAUUGGAAGCGGCCUUAUGUCCAACCAGCGUAGCAGAAAGGAUGAGCCAGAAGGCUGAAUGAAGGAGCAACAAUAACAGCUUCCAACCCCUUCAGUCUCAUCCAAUAUUAACUUUGUCUUACAGUCAAUCCAAAUCCAAUCAGUUGUUUUGUAAAGAUGCACUCCCAAAAAUAUGUUAUAACUAUUUAUUUAUAUUUAAGAUGCUGUACUAGUGUACUAACCUGCUUAGAUGUUUGGGACUCAUCCCCCUCUAGUGGUUCUGUAAGUAUGUACAAUGACAAACACAUCAUGUGUGCCUAACUUCAAUAAAAUGCAUUCCUUACAAUA